CAACAGGUUGUUGUUGACGCAUAGCAACAAUUUACAGUAUGGCGGACAAACAGGAAAGACCCUCUUCUUCUAAAGUUCAGGAUGUUGUCUCCAAGGUGACAACAGAAGCUCUAAAAGAGUUUGAAACAGACGCCAUGGAGGAAGGUGGAGAAACCAAACCCUCGUCCCGACCAGGGUCAGCCAAACCCUCCUCAAGACCACAGUCAGGGAGAAAAUCUGCUGGGGGUUCGCGUCCAACAUCAGCUGCUCCAAAGGCUGAUUCACGUCCAACAUCAGCUACCUCUAAGGCUGAUUCACGUCCAACAUCAGCUACCUCUAAGGCUGAUUCACGUCCAACGUCAGCUACACCUAAGGCUGCUUCACGUCCAACGUCAGCUACCCCUAAGGCUGAUUCACGUCCAACAUCAGCUACCCCUAAGGCUGAUUCACGUCCAACAUCAGCAGCCAAGACUGGACGUACACCCACGCCCACAAGCGACCGCCCUCCAUCAGCUACAGCUCGACCAUCAUCAGCCACAGCUCGACCAUCCUCAGCUGCAGGUCGACCUGCAUCUGCUGCUAAGUCAGUCAGCCCCACUAGCCCCCUUGCUGUCACAGGAGAGAGGGUAGGGUCAACCACACCCACAGCAGAAGGCAAGGUCUCCCCACAGGACGGGUCUCGACCUGCAUCUGCAGCCAAGUCAGGUCAAGGGAGUCGACCUGCAUCUGCAGCCAAGUCAGGUCAAGGGAGUCGACCUGCAUCUGCAGCCAAGUCAGGUCAAGGGAGUCGACCUGCAUCUAACGCAGGUAGCCGACCUGGAUCAGGUAUCAAGAGGACAGACUCAGUUACUGAGAAAGAGAUCGAUGUAGCUGAUGAGAAAGAACCAGACAAUACAAUGGCCUUAGAGUUGGCAGCUGAAGAUGAGGAUGACCCCCAAAAGUAUGAUUUUGGAGUUUAUGAUGACGGUGAACCUGGUGACUACCCUGAGCCCAAGAUGCCCUCUGAGCCACCUCAGACCCAUUUCAAUAUCACUGACAUCCUGGACCGCCCACCCUCCGACCCUGAGGGGGACGACAGUGAUGGAGGGAGUGAUGAUGAAGAGGAAGCUGUAGAUGAAGUUGGCGCAGACACUGAUGAUGCCAGCGAUAAUGAAACUGAUAUGGUGGUCCUGGACCCUGAUCAUCCCCUGAUGAGAAGAUUUCAGAAUGCUUUGAAGAAUCACCUGGAGAAGCAGAACGAGAAAGUCUCUCUUGAACUGAGGGAAUUGGAGGAGAACCUUCGCUCCAAGAAGAGGAACCGUGAGGACCUGGGUGUGGAGCUGUAUGGAGUCCAGCAGGAGUUGGCUCGGUACCAGAUGAUGCUGGAACAGAACCACGACGAAUACUCCACACUCAACCAGGAUCGCCAGCACGAAGAGCAGCAGCUGGAUGAGGUCCGUUCCUUGUACAAGGACAACCAGCUGGCUGUCAACAAGGAGAAGAAGAGGGGUGCUGAACUCCAGGCUGAGGUUGAGAACCUGGCGCUGCGUCUCUUCUACAUGGACAAUGCUAAGGAGGAUGUGCGUGGUGACAUCGCAAUCAUGAGACGCGCUGCGGAAAAGGCAGAGUCAGAAGUGGCCAAGGUCGAGAUGGAGAAGCAGAAACAGGACUUGUACGUGGACCGCCUGGUGGAGAGGGUGGACAAGCUGAAGGAGGAGAUGGCCAUGUUUGAAGCUCAGAUCAUCGCCCAAUCGGACGAGACAAAGGCAGCAAAGGAAGCGCUGAUGGAAGCACACAUGGAAAUUGAGGCAAUCACCCUUGAAAAGAAGCAGCUGUUUCAGCAGUGGAAUAGCAGUCUGAUUGGAAUGAGGCGCCGAGACGAGGCGCAUUCUGCCAUGCAGGAGGCUCUCAAUCAGCAGCAGCAGAAGAUCCUGUCACUGGAGACUGAGAUCGAGGGAUUCAAGAAAUCCAUUCAGAAGGAGCAGGAGCAGAAUGAGAAGCUGUGUCAGAUCCUGGCCAAGACGAACCGGGACAUCGACAUGGUCAAGAAGCAGCUGACCACCUGCCAGGCUAAACACGACGCUCUCAAGGCCGAGUACACGACCUUCACCCGGAUGUUGCAUGAGACUGAGCAGACACUCAACAAGGCCACAACAGACAAGACCCUGCGCAUGAAUGAGUUGAAUGGCCUGCGGAAGCAGAUCGAGCGUGAGUACCAGGAGAAGGUGAAGCUGGAGGAUGAGAUCAUGGAGAAGAUCCGGGACCAGCUGACCAUGGACAAGGCUUCCCAGUACACCAAGAAACUGACCAAAAAGAUGAGGGACCUCACCAAGAGUCUGGAGACCCAAAUGGCAGAGGUAGAGAACACCAUUGCCCGGAAUGCUCUGGACACGUCCAAUGUGAAGGCCAGGACUGAGAGACUGAAGAAGAUCCUGCAGGGUCUAGACGAUGAGAUCCGCCAGAAGAAUGACAUCAUCUCCAAGAGUGAGAAUGAGAUUAUCAAGAGAAAUGCUAUCAUUGAACGCAAACAGAAUCUGAUUGAUCAGUUCAACAAGAAGCUCGAGCACAUGAUCAACUCUGCUGGGGGUGUGGAGCUGGGUCCGCUGGAGGUCACCAUCACCUCCCUGCAGAAGACGAUAGACGGAACGCAGCAGGAGAUCACAGAACUGCAGCAGAUGUGGCUGCGGCAGCAGAGUGAGCUGGUCAGACUGACCAAGGACAAGGAAGACCAGUCGCAGGACGUGGAGAAGCACAAGAAGCAGCUCACCAUCCUCUUACAGAAGAAGAUCAGGACUGAGCAUGACAUUGACCAGCAGAGACGUGAGACAUAUGAUAUUGACCGCCACAUCCGCAACAUGCAGAAUGACAUGAUCAAGUUGAACACACUGCUACACAGAGAGAAGGGCUAUGAGGUGGAACUUGAGCAGGGCACAUCGUUGCUUGAGAAUGACUUCAUCGCCAACUUGAAGGAAGCAGAGAGAUCAUCCAUAGAGAUGCAGGACAAUCUGGACUCUGUGAAGGAGGAGAAGGAGAGGCUACUGAACAGUCUGGUGGAGGCAGAGCGUCAAAUCAUGUUGUGGGAGAAGAAGACCCAGCUGGCUAGGGAGACCCGGGCAGCUGUAGACUCUGAGAUUGGACAGGGGGAGAUCAGAGCCAUGAAGUCCGAGAUCCAUCGGAUGCAGGUCAGGUACAGUCAGCUGAUGAAGCAGCAGGAGAAGAUGAUCCAGGACAUGGAGAAGGCCGUCUCCAGGAGAGACACCAUUGUAACCCGAGGUGACUCUCAGUCCAAGAUGAAGCAGAAAGUUGUUACCAAGGGAACGUUUGAACGACAGAUGGCUGAGCAUCGUAGAAAGAUAAAACAAACAACAAAUGAUGCUUCAAGCUGUGACAGUGACAUUCAUGAGCUGCGCGAUCACCAGCAGGAGCUGAGUGGGCAGCUCGAGGAGAAGCAGGUGAACUGUCAGCAACUCCAGGGCUCUGCAGACACCCUGGAUGGGGACAUCGAGAGGCUCCUUGAUGUCAAGUUAAAGAAUAUGAAGGACCUUGUUGCCAAACAGCAGAAACACAAAUAUUACCAGCAAGUGAAGGAUGGCAAGUACACCAUGCUGUGCAAGUCGGAGUCCUCCCUGGAGACAGAACACAACAAGCAGAUAGAUCGCAUGCAGGCGCUCAGCACCAUCGUGGACAGGCUCAACCAGGAGUUCCCACACGUACAACCAGCAUUGAGGAACGUCACCAUCGCUCUCAGCUCCCGGGGAGUGCCCCAUGAUGAGGAUUAAUGUAUUCACCAGCAUCGAUGCAUGUAAUCGAGGACCUACAGGAUUGAUUUUUUGCUUGCCAAUCAAUAUCUGGAACAGUUUUUCUAGCAAGUCAUCACCUACUGUUUAAUGCAUUGCUUGUAGUUGACGGUCUGUUUGAGAUUUAUGUUCUAUAAAUAUCAUUCUGGUUUGAAUGCUAUGGUCAAGACCUUGUGUGAAAUAAUCUGUACAAUGAAAAUGUCUGUAUAUUUUGUUCUGUACAUUAAAGUUAUCUAUUGUAUAUAAGUUAUUAAGUUAAAUUUAGGUAUUGUGAUAUGUUAAUGUGUUUGUCCGUCCAUUUCUUUUUUAACAGAUUAUUUCCUUUUAAAAUGCCAAAUUUGCUCCUUUUUUCACUUUUUUUGGAAAUACUGAACUUGGAAGAAUUAUUUUGCAAGCAAAGCUUUGUCCUAAAUCUACAAUUUGAGUCUUCAAAUAUGGGCUCAUUUGUUCAAGUGUAUAUGUUACAGUCAAGUUGUAAAAUGACUGGAAUUUUCACAAAGGCAAUUUCCAAAAAGCCUAAAUAUUUCAGUCACUUUACAACAUAUAUAUAUUUAAAUAUAAUGCUGGAAUCACAUGAAUAAACUAUGAUUUAUACAA